AUGGGAAAUACGCAUUCUCAACAACAACAACAUCACAUUUUACCUCAUCAGUGGACUCAUUCAUAUCCACGUACGAGACACGUACAGGGUCCUCAGGUGAAAGUAUUACCCGAAAGAAUACCUCCGUUGCGCUUGAGAACAACAGAUAACGGAGCCAUUUUGCAAAAUGGAGGAACGCUCAGCGCGAGAAAACACUGUCUUGCACAAGAAGAAAGAGCUUAUAGACCUCGUAGCAGUUCAGCUCAUCGACCUCCUAACUUAGAAGAAAUCUCUUUAGAGAAAACACGAUUCGGAAGUGAGCCUGACCUUAGAUUUCAUCUUAAAAAAUCAUCUGGAGAUCAAUUUAGCGAUCAUGCUGUGAGACAUAGAAUAUCCAGGUCUAGGAAAAAAUAUAAAGCUCCUCCUGUACCACAAAAUGGAAUAAGCCUAAAUAAUAAUGAUAAUGUAUCAGCUCUGGAAACUUUAACACAUGAGUACAUAUUUUUCGGUCUAGAUAUUUUAAAAUGUGAUUCUUUGCCUUAA